AGAUAAUCACAGAAAAAUAGAAAGGUCUCCCAAUAUCUAGGUUUCCUUGUUUUUCAACAAAUUACGCUCAAUCGCAUUUUUUCUUCUCGCAAUUUUGGUAGUUAGUAGUGGAAUCAAUGGGAGUAGACCCAAAUGAUUCACUGAAUCGGGACAUAUCUGAAUCCUGACAAAAUCACGAGUUUAAUUUUCGCAGAAAAGGAUUCAAUCCGUUUCUCACCUGUGAUCACAUUUAUUGUAUUAAUAGUCUUCUAAUUCAAAUCAAUCCAUGAGUUAUCAGUUACUCCAAACCACCGAUUCAACAACGAUGGUUUCCGAAUCAGAUGCAACUCUUCCGUUGUCGUCGUCGCUGGAUUUCGUCACCAAUGGAAGUCUUGAUUUCAAAGGCAGAGUCGCAAAUAAACGGAAAACCGGUGGAUGGAAAGCUACUCCGUUCAUCAUCGCGAAUGAGGCGGCGGAGAGGCUGUCAGCGUUUACAGUGUCGGCGAGUCUGGUGUUGUAUUUAACGAAGGAGAUGAAGGAAUCGCUUCCAGAUGCAGCCACACAUGUGAGUGAUUGGGUGGGAGCGACGUAUCUUCUUAUGCUUCUCGGCGCUUUCAUCGCCGAUGCUUAUUUGGGCCGUUACCUCACCGUUAUCUUCUCAUCCGCCGUUUACCUCGUGGGAAUGAUACUCCUGACGAUUUCGGCAUCCGUGGACAGCCUCCGCCCGAAACCCUGCACGGAAACAUCAAACUGCCCGACAGCCACCCCGGGGCAAUCCGCGUUCCUCUACUCUGCCCUAGCCCUAGUAGCCCUAGGCACGGGUGGUGUCAAACCAAAUGUCCCAUCAUUCGGUGCUGACCAACACGACGAAAAUGAUGAGAAAGAACUCUCAUACAAAUACACUUUUUUCAACUUCUUUUUUCUUUCAAUCAAAGUGGGAGCUUUAUUAGGACUCACAGUUAUGGUGUAUAUAGAACAGGAGAAAGGGUAUGCUUGGGGUUUUGGGCUUCCAACUGCUAUCAUGUUUGCAUCCGUGGUGAUUUUAGCAGCCGGGUUUCCGAUGUAUCGGUAUAAAAAACCAAUGGGAAGUGUCUUCACGAGAUUUAUUCAAGUUCUUGUGGUUUCGGUAAAAAAUCAUUUUAGAGGGGUUCAAGUGGGCCCCGAAACUAAACUUUUUGAAGUUGCUACCGAAGAAUCGGAUAUCGUGGGUGCAAGAAAACUCUCUCAUACUCCUCAGUACAGAUUUUUGGACAAAGCGGCGGUAAUGGAAGACACCGAAUUACUAGACGUAUCGGACCGAUGGAAACUAUGCAGUGUAACACAAAUCGAAGAACUAAAAACAUUUUUACGAGUGUUCCCGGUUUGGGCCUCAACAAUAGCCCUCUCCCUCUCUUUAGCCCAACAAUCAACCUUCUUCCUAGCCCAAUCCAAAAUCCUAAACCGCCAGCUCACCCCAAACUUCACCAUCCCACCGGGGUCCAUGCAAGUGUUUGCAGUCGUAAACGCGUUCAUCACGGUUCCAAUUUACGAAAAAUUCAUCGUCCCAUUCAUCCAAAAACGAACCAACCACCACCGUGGCUUCACCGCCCUCCAAAGAAUGGGAAUCGGUCUCUUCAUCUCCAUUUUUGCAUUGUCUGCGGCCGCAGUGGUCGAACGCAUGCGUAGGACCCACGCGAACCCUGCGGGACUAACAGUGUUUUGGUUAGUCCCGCAGUUUUUUAUAUUGGGUGGGGCGGAGUCUUUUACUUACGUGGGGCAGUUGGAGUUUUUUUAUGAUGAGGCUACGGAUGGGAUGAAGAGUGUUUGUGGGGCGUUGUUUUUGAGUGAGAUUGGGAUUGGGAGUUGGGUGAAUAGCGCGCUUGUGAAGAUUGUGGAGGGGGUGACGGGGACUGGGGUAGGUGGGUGGUUGAGAGAUGAUUUGGAUGAGAGUAAGCUUGAUUAUUAUUAUGCCAUGUUGGCGGGGAUUAGUGCGGUUAAUUUGUUUAUUUACGUGUGGGUAGCUCGAAGGUAUAAGGGUCGACACCAAGGUUAGAAUUAGAUGUUGCUUAUAAGUUAUAGAUAGGGAAAAUUUAAGCUGUAAUUAAUGUUUGAAAACGUUUGCUGAUUAUAGUUUUCUCUUUUCAUUUUUUUUUCCA